GGAGUAGCUAUUUCCUGGUUAGACUGGCAGCCAUUUUGGGUUCAAGUCGAAAAGCCUCUGGGUCUGUGGGGGAAGUAGCUAGCCUGCUAGUUACUUUUUAUUUGACAAAACGGUGACUGUGUCGAUUUCUCCAACGCGAAGGGGGACGCAUUUUUAUACGAAGAAGGGGUUUGCUGUGAAAUGUCAACAAUGAAUCCCGAGUAUGAUUAUUUAUUCAAGCUCCUUCUGAUCGGUGAUUCCGGGGUUGGAAAGUCUUGCCUUCUCCUCCGAUUUGCAGACGACACAUACACAGAAAGCUACAUUAGCACCAUCGGCGUGGACUUCAAAAUAAGAACUAUCGAAUUAGAUGGGAAAACGAUCAAACUUCAGAUUUGGGACACAGCGGGCCAGGAGAGGUUUCGCACAAUCACGUCCAGCUACUACAGGGGGGCCCAUGGCAUUAUUGUAGUUUACGAUGUUACAGACCAAGAGUCUUUCAACAACGUCAAACAGUGGCUACAGGAGAUCGACCGCUACGCCAGUGAAAAUGUGAACAAGUUGUUGGUCGGGAACAAGUGUGAUCUGACAACGAAGAAGGUGGUGGACUACACAACAGCAAAGGAAUUCGCAGACUCCUUGGGCAUUCCCUUCCUGGAGACCAGCGCCAAGAAUGCUACCAACGUGGAGCAGGCCUUCAUGACUAUGGCGGCUGAGAUCAAGAAGAGAAUGGGCCCCGGGGCCACCGCCGGCGGGGCCGAGAAGUCCAACGUGAAGAUCCAGAGCACUCCGGUCAAGCCCUCAUCUGGGGGCUGCUGCUGAGGCCUUCUCACUGACCCCCCACCCCCCCCCCCCACCCUAAACACACACCAAACCUUUCCCCAGAGUCUGUAAUGUAACAUGCCUGACAGUCAGGGAGGGCCACACCGAGAGCCAGAGAAAUUAUUAAAAGUUUCCCCGAGAUGUUCUGUAUAUAGCUGCACUUUCCAGAAAAAGUUCAGAAUCCAUGCAAACGGAAAACGGCAUGAAACUAACAAACGGUCCCCCCCCCUCCCCCCCAGAUUCCAACCCCAAAGGCAGAUUUCAUCCUCCCAUUUGCCGUACCCACCCUCUCUGUGUGCAGGUUUAUAAAUAAGAAUAAUGUGUGCAAAUCUCACUGCAUUCCUACUGCAGGGCUGGUCUGUGGUCAGAGUAUCUUUCUCCCCCCCCCAGUCCCCCUUUACCAGGAUUUUGAUUACUUUGCUACUUACAUGAGCAUGUAUAGGAGUUCUGUUUGUCUCUGACGCUGAGCUGUCAGCAGCACAUACCAGCUCGGAGCACGACGUUCCCACUGUCCUGUGUCAAAUGUCUAGUUCAAGCAAGGUAUAUAUGUAAUAUAUAUGUAACAUUAUAUAUAUUAUGUAUAUAUAAGACCUGAUUGGCAAGUCCUGUAGAGUAAAAGAAUUACAUUAUCUGAUGAAUAGUUACUUGAUCAUCUCUGGAUAUAAUUUGUGGCUGCAGACUAUUGUAAUUUUGUUGCAUAAUAUGUAACAAACCAGAGGAAAUGUUCAAUAAAUAUUGUACCACCAGACUGUACGAUAUAAAAACUGUCUGCAAUCCUUAGUGGCAUAUGUAGAAUCAUUUUGUGCGUGUUUUAAUUAUUUAUUCUACAUUUAUAUGGCAGAUGCAUUGUACCAGUACUUUAGAAUCUGUUUGGAACUUGGCCAUUACCUGUGGAAUACCUGAUUUGCAAGUGGCAGUGUUAGAGUUGCAUAAAUGAAACACUAUGUUCUUUUUCAUAAUAAAGGCAACUGGAUUCAGUUUUAAAAUUA